UUAAUUGUGAUUGUUUAAUAUAUGAAUAAAUGAUUAUCACCACAGACUUGGAGCUGCCCUUUAAUUUUCUAGUGUUUACUACAGUUGGGUGAUGAGAUUCUUCAGUACAGCUUUAACUUUUCUUAUGUGCACUAAUACACGGUCACAGUUGCAUAAGCAGAUGUAAUCUGUUUCCAAAUACCUCAGCAUUUCCCUGAGCCGUAUUAAAGUCACUUUACAAUUACACUGUCUGGAAUGUGGCUUAUGAAUGAGGACGCUGCAGUCACCUUUCCUAAAAAAAAAAGGAAAUGCCAUCUUAAAAUAUAGAAUGCAGUAUAACUGUUAUGUUAUUAAAUUAUUGACAAGGCCUAUUUUACAGCAAUACUAUAUAUAAUUGUAAAUUAAUCAAUAACCUAUGAACCUGUCAUGCUUGAAUUUCAUAUUGGUAAACAACACCUCAGAUUAUGUCAGGUGGCUUGUCCACGAAGAGAUCUGUCACGUAUGAUGAUGACGUGCGUGUGAGUCAUUUACUCCAGAUGCCUGUCAGCGCUUCACACCAUCUGCUCAUCUGAGGCUGGCAGAGGAUACUGGUUUUGGUGGAAAUGAACACUUUGGAGGACGUACCAUUUCAGACCCUGCUGGGUCGCCUGGAGGAGGACUUACAGCUGGUGAAGGCCCCGGACGUCACGGUGCCAGACUGCUGCCGGAUACUGCAAGAAACUGAGUAUGAGUUCAGCCUGGAGAAAUGGAUUUUGACCGGGCAGCAGCCGGUCUGUCAGGUCCCCUCCUGCCCCCCCUACUGGCUGAUGUUUCACAGUCCUCAGGAGACCCGCAGGACUGGUCACCGGAGUAGUGACCUGUGGGUCCCUGUCUGUCGUCCCAGAAGCCACAGCCUGAAUUCCGUAGACGGCGUCUGGUUGCAACAUCACAGAGUCAAGUUCCUCAUAUCAGACUCUGAUGAUGAAGACUGGCGUUGUGAAAAUGAAGGCUGUUCUUUGACAGAGCAUAAAGUUCACAUUAAUAACAGAGAUCAUCGGCCUUGCAGUGCUGCACCCAAAAACCCCCUCAGCAGAGUCAAAGACCUCCACUGUGGCACACCUCAGCACUGUAAGCAGGGCACUCUUCAAAGCCUCGAAGGAUCUCUACCAUCCCUCCAAAACAGCAGGCGUCUCACUGCAGCGGAACAGCAUAGGCCGCAACAGAACAACCCCCCACGCAACAGGCAGAACAGCAAGAAGAUGCAGCGCUCACUGGGAUCUCUGGGUAGAAAGUUCUCCCAAAACCCACAAACCACUGGCUCAUCACCAUCCAGACUGCAGCAGCAAAGACCCUCCUCUGCAGGACCUGUCAUCAGAAACUGCAGGCAGAAGCAGGCGCUGUGGACAGCGGGAUCUCACGGGGUGGUCUUUGACUCAGCUGCAGAGCUGCUGUCAACACUCAGCCACGAUGAACGGGAGCUGCUGGAAACCAUCACUAACAAAGGUUACUCUUUAUGCACAGCUAUUGUGGCGCUGCAGAAGACCGGCUAUCGUAACCCAGACAAGGUCCUCAACUACUUGGUUGCUACUGACCAUCUGUGCAAGCUGGGUUAUGAUGAAGCACAAGUAGAGGAGGCACUCGAAAUGUUUCAGAACUGUGAGAGCAAGGCUGCCGAGUUCCUGCACCUCCUGACUCAGUUUAAUGAGAUGGGUUUCCAGCAAAAUGCAAUUAAAGAAGUGUUGCUUGUUCAUGGAAACCACAGAGAGAGAGCCCUCGAAGAACUCAUGACACGAAUGACUUAAACUGGACAAGUUUCCAUUCCUGGUCCACACUGAGAAUUUAUUCAUGUUUACGAAAUGUACCAAAGACACAGUCAAAGAUACAGAAUGGCUUCUGACGUUUAAACCUGUGCAACUCAAAACAUACAGGGAACGAAAACACUGUUACAAGAAACUUAUACUAUCAAGCGUUUACUUAUAUUUCUAAGAGCCAUCAUUCCACUUAGAGCAAGCAAAUCCUGGAACAUUUGCUGCCCACUGCUAAAGAAA